AUGUUCGACCUCAUCGCCCUGUGUCUCAUCUCCAUUCUCGUAUACACAUUCAGUAGGAACAGAAGGCAAUCCUCAACUCCUCCGGGCCCCAGAGGUCUCCCCUUCUUAGGCAAUGCACUACAGAUUCCCAAAGAAUGUAGCUGGCUCGCGUUCGCAGAAUGGGCUAAAAUAUACGGCCCUGUCAUGCACGUGCAUGUGAUAUCGAGUUCAAUCAUCGUAUUGAGCUCCCGUGAGGCCAUCUCCGACCUUCUUGAGAAGAAGAACGCCAUGUAUUCGGAUCGUCCCGUUAUUCCCAUGGCUGGAGAACUGGCUGGUUUCGGAAAAUAUACCGCGAUGUUGCCGUAUGGACAACGGCAUCGCGAAGGGCGUAAGCUAAUUCUCGGUACUGUCAAUGCCCGCAAAGCACCAGAACUACAUGCAAUCCAAGAAGCGAAGGCGGCUGAUUUUGUGUCAAGGCUAACUCGGAACCCAUCCGAGUUUCGACCGCAUCUCCGUUGGCUUCUUGCAAGCAUCGUACUCCAGAUCACCUACGGAAUCAACGUGGACAGCUAUGAUGACGCCUAUGUUCGCGCAGUCGAAAUAGUAUUGAAUGAUUUCAGUGAAGUAACGGCUCCCGGCGCAUACCUCGUCGAUGGACUUCCUUUCUUGAAGUAUAUACCUGAGUGGUUUCCGGGGGCAUCGUUCAAAAGAAUAGCAAGGGAGGCCAAUGAACGGGCUUCCCAGCUAGUAGUCAAUUUAUACAAGGUAUCACGAGAACAAAUGGACCAUGGAGCAGCCACGCCAUCGUUCGUGGCAGAUAUACUUGCAUACAAUCCCAGCCCGACACCUGAAGAGGAGGAUCUGUACCAGCAGGUGUCAGCUCAAUUUUACGGUGCUGGCUCGGACACAACAGUCUCGUCGCUUCUCUCUUUCUUCCUCAUCAUGGCUCAACAUCCUGAAAUUCAACGGAAGGCGCAAGCCGAAGUGGAUGCCAUCGUCGGCGACCGACUACCCAAAUGUAGCGACUGUAAGGACAUGCCUUACCUCGAAGCGGUGCUCAAGGAGGUCCAUCGAUGCAACCCUGUAGUGCCCUUAGCCUUGCCGCAUCAUGUACGCCGUGAAGACGUUUACGCGGGCUUUCGCAUCCCCGCUGGUUCCACAGUCAUAGCAAACACAUGGGCUGUGCUCCACGACCCAGCCUUGUAUCCUCGUCCCGACGAAGUCAUCCCAGAGCGAUAUCUCGGCAAACCUGACGAACACCCCGACUUGAACCCAGACCCUCGAGAUUUCGCCUUUGGCUACGGAAGACGGGUUUGUCCCGGACGGAUGCUUGCCGAAGACACCCUUUUCAUAGUUGCGGCGUCCGUGCUCGCGUCAUUCAACAUCAGCGACGCUGUUCCUCUAGAGGGAGAAACGAUCGAGUAUCGCGGCGGUGUUCUAAGUCACCCCGACGAAUUCACAUGCAACAUUACUCCUCGCCGUGUAGUGUAAAGGAACGAUGAACCGCAUACAUACCUUCUGCGCUCAAUACGUCGUCUUACGCUGUGUCCUACGUCAUCUUGACCUACUAGUCCUCACUGCAUAAGCAAGACUGGUUUGAACCAUCGACAGAAGACUUGUAUUUGCAGGCCGAUCUCGUGUCGCUUCCGCUCAUGUCACACACUCGAGCAGUCCAUGAUUCUCCCAUGGGCGUUUGUCAU